CAUAUUUCCACCUAACUGCCAUAUUUCUUAAAAGCAGGCUCAGAAUUUGAGGUGUGUAAUCUUUAUCUAGAACCAAAUAUCUGCUCACUUGCUCUUUACAAUGAAGUUCUUGUUGUCUCUCGGUAUCAUCUGGACUCUCCUCAACACAGCUGAAGCACUUGAUUGUCUGUUGUGCAGGGAUUUUCCUCAGUGCGAAGAUACAUUUUCAGGCAACUGUUCCUCCGAUGAGCUAUGUGCUACAGCUGCAAUCAGAUUACAGCAGAUGGGAAGUUCUCUAUUGAUCAACACCAAGUCAUGUGUGCCACCCUCAUUGUGCGAUGUUGGAAAUGGGACAUUUUCAGGAAGCUUGGGUUUCAUGAGAGUAGUUGGCUCUGUUCGAUGCUGCGACACAGAUAACUGCAACUCUCAAACUCUGCCUAUCCCUGCUGACCAAGAGAGUAACGGCUUUGAGUGUUACUCCUGUGACAGCUCCACAUGCAGACACAAAAUUCAGUGUGUUGGGGUGGAGGACCGCUGCUUUAAUGGAAAUGUGACCCAUUGGAACACUUGGGCCCCUACCGUCCAUGUCUUUGGCUGUGCAUCCUCAAACCUGUGUGUAGCUUUUUCUCACCUGUCUUCUGCGUCUCUGCCUGGCUUUGACUUAAAUGGACCAAACUGCUGUGAGGGCAAACUCUGUAACUGAGUCCCGAUGACCAGGCUGAGUGUUUUCCCUCUGUUGCUCGGACUCAUUUCCCUGAUUUUCAUCUAUUAGAACACAGGGUAGGACAUACACAGAUACUGGUGUUAUCAUACAAAAAUGUAGGAUACAUGUUAUCAGGUUAAAAUAAAGAAUAAAUUUAAAAAAAAAAAAAAGAAAAAAAAAAAGUGCACUUUAGCAGAGUGCAGAUCUCCACCAGGUGUAUCUCCCCUUUUCUGGACUAUAGGCUAACCUAUGUUCUGAGCAAAACUCAGGAGGGACU